AAGUAAUCCAGGUAAAAGAGACCCGAGCCUGAACACCCAGACACCGGAUCGACCUCUCCCGUCUCCGGUAAGAUGAGCUCACCUUUGUCGAUGCUGAAGAAGAGGAGGCGCGCUCCUCUGCCGGACCCUGCGAGUGAACAGCGGGACAGACAGAAAGUGCCCAUCGGGAGGAACAUGUUAAAAGGAUUUCAGGCUGCUGGUGCUGAUGAUGAAUCCUCUGAUUCAACUCCUUCACCAACCGCAGCCAAUGAUGCCACCGCUUCAAAGCCAAAAGCUGCUUCAAAGAAAGGUGUUCCACCAAGCGACUUCGAGCUAAUGUCUGCCAUGAUACGGCGGGUGGGCCUGCUGGAGCGGAAAGUAAUGUGCCAGGCAAAGGAGAUCGAGCGCAAGGAUAAAAGGAUUUCAUUGUUGGAGGCAAAGCUGAGGUUUCCAGAAGACUCAGAGAGCGCUCGUGACCUGAGUGGCCGAGACAGCCUUGAGAGAAAGUGCCAACGGCUGCAGAAUCGAGUGUCUGAAAUGAAUAGCUUUCUCAAUGACUAUGGUUUGACCUGGGUGGGAGAUGGCGGGAGCAGUGACGCGGGUGAAAGUGAGCAGCCGGGCGCCUCUGUGGCCCCAGGCUUCCGCAUGAACUUUGACCUCGUGCAGCGGAGGAUCGUGGAGCUGAACGUCCUGGCAGGGGAGGGAGAGUGUUUUGUACGGCCGACAGCCACUGGGGCACGGUUGGCCAAAAGGGAGCCGAUUCAACUGGGUCUCUACCGCGACGGCAUCGUCAUGUUCGACGGCCCCUUCCGCUCGUAUCAGGAGCGCAGCACCCAGCGGUGCAUGAAUGAUCUGAUGGACGGGUAUUUCCCAUCCGAGCUUCAGGAGCGGUUUCCGGACGGAGUGCCCUUUGAGGUUCAUGACCGGCGGGAUCAGGAGUUUAUAUCUAGGGCACCAUGGAAUAAGUUUCCCGGCGAAGGGAAGACUAUCCGUGAAUCAUCCCAUGGCGUCAGCUUGAAGAUACCCGGCAAGGAGUCGAGCACGGAUCGGUUCCUAAAGCAGUUACCAAACGUGGUCGUGAAGGCCGGUCGGGUGAUUGACAUCAGGGACUCACUGAGGGCUGUGCUGCAGGGUCCAUCUGACGCGCAGAGCAGCAACUCUGUGAUCCUCGUAGACACACCGGCACGACGGCAGAUAUCCAGCCCUGACCGGCCUUCGUCUGACAGCGAUGUCAUCGCACUGAAGGUGAGAUCAGAAGACGGGAAUCGGACUUACAUUCUGAAAAUGCGCUUCUCGGAUACAGUGGGACACCUGCGACGGCAUCUGGACGAACACAGAGGGGGUGGACUCCCUGGUUAUGACAUCAUUACUGCAUCCCCGCGGUGCUGCUUCGAUGACGACCACCGGACGCUCCAAUCGUGUGGACUCACAACGAACGCUAUGCUGCUGCUGCGAAAGAGGCAACACCCUCUUUCACAGUCGGAGAUCAAUUAAAUGGACCUGCAAAUGGUU